AUGCGAGCAGAAUGUCCCCCAGGGCCCGUGGGACCACCAGGUAACGACGGCGACGAAGGCGAACCGGGUACACCAGGUGAAGAUGGUCUUGAUGCCACGACACACACUGAGUACACAACAGCUGAACAACAAUGCAUUAUGUGUCCUGCAGGCCCACCUGGUCCACCUGGAAGAACCGGUGAAGCAGGAGCACCAGGUAGACGGGGCCAUCGAGGGCGCCCUGGUAAUGGAGGGAAAGGCGGACCUCAAGGGCCACCCGGUGAAGCGGGGCCACCAGGUCAAGACGGCCAACCAGGUUCACCUGGAAGCGACGGUGAACCAGGAGAAGAUUCGCAAUUCGUAAUUAACAUACCAGGACCACCAGGACCGAGCGGGCCGCCUGGUCCACCUGGACAAGAUGGCAGUGAAGGUCAACUGGUUGACGUCGGUUUGCCUGGUCCUCAAGGAAAUCCUGGCGCAGCGGGAAAACCUGGAAAACCAGGCGCUCCUGGACUGCCGGGACAGGGAGGGGGCGAUGGGGAGCCUGGAAGAGAUGCGCAGUAUUGCCCUUGUCCUUUGAGAACGCUCUCCGUCGAGACCGUUGAAGGUGUUGCACUUGAAAGAACAGGAUACACCAGUCCACCCUUUAUGGAAGCCGAGAUCGAAACGAUGCAGAAAUCAGCUGCAGCACCUCCAAGUGCUGAACCGAAUUCUGAGUAG